UGUCUAGAGCUGAAGCGCAGGCAGAGGCAGCGCUAUGAGAGACAGAGAAAAAAACACACCUUAUCUGUAAAGACAGGCUUAAAAGUUCAUUCCUUUCGCACAACAUUCUUUCUACGUCUCACCCAGGUCAUAUAUUGAACCGUGUUUCUAUGUCUGUGAUGCGGAGUGUCUGAGAGGGUUCAUUGAAUCUCUGCUGAGAGUGGCGUCCCACAACGUCCUUGCCUGCCAAGCUCUGGAAGACUCACAAAACUCCCACAAGUGAGAUUCAGCAGUCUUUGUGAAGAUGGGUUGUUUAGAGGCUGAGGUCAGUCUGCACUGUUAGUCAUUGUUUCCAGUCACACUGCCGGCGUGUCUCUGAGCUUGAGCCCAGGGAUGGCAUGGAAAACAAAACAGCUGAUCUCUGAACAGAAGGUCGAGCAGUAAGCUAAAUCAGGGACGUGGAAGGGUGAAAAACAGGCCAUGUCGCGGGUUCCCACACCCCCUCCCCCAGGGGAAAUGACAUCAGGACCUGUGGCGGAGAGCUGGUGUUACACACAGGUGAAAGUUGUGAAGUUUUCUUACAUGUGGACAAUAAACAACUUCAGCUUCUGUCGGGAGGAGAUGGGAGAAGUCGUGAGGAGCUCGACCUUCUCGUCUGGGCCCAACGACAAGAUGAAAUGGUGUUUAAGAGUGAAUCCGAAGGGUCUUGACGAUGAGAGUAAAGAUUAUCUCUCUCUGUACUUACUGCUUGUUAGUUGUCCAAAAAGUGAAGUGAGAGCAAAGUUCAAGUUUUCUUUACUGAACGCCAAAAGAGAAGAAACUAAAGCCAUGGAAAGCCAAAGAGCCUACCGCUUCGUCCAGGGAAAGGACUGGGGCUUCAAGAAGUUCAUCAGACGAGACUUUUUGUUAGACGAAGCGAACGGACUGCUGCCAGAUGACAAGCUCACGCUGUUCUGUGAGGUGAGCGUGGUCCAGGACUCCGUAAAUAUCUCUGGCCAGUCUAACACAAACAUGCUAAAGGUUCCGGAGUGUCAACUUUCAGAUGACCUGGGUAACUUGUGGGAAGGGUCCAGGUUCACAGACUGCAGCUUGUUCGUUGGAGGGCAAGAGUUCAAAGCGCACAAAUCCAUACUGGCAGCGAGGUCGCCGGUUUUCAAUGCCAUGUUUGAACACAAAAUGGAAGAGAGUAAAAAAAACCGUGUGGACAUCAGUGAUGUUGACCCGGCUGUAUUUAGGGAAAUGAUGGUAUUUAUUUACACUGGUAAAGCUCCUAACCUGGAAAAAAUGGCUGACAACCUGUUGGCGGCUGCAGACAAGUAUGCUCUAGAAAGAUUAAAAGUAUUAUGUGAAGAGGCUCUCUGUAACAGUCUGUCUGUAGAGAACGUGGCCGACAUCCUCAUUCUGGCCGACCUCCACAGCGCCGAGCAACUUAAAGCACAAGCCAUCGACUUCAUUAAUAGGUGCAGUGUUCUCAGACAGCUGGGCUGUAAGGAUGGCAAAAACUGGAAUAGCAAUCACGCUGCAGAUAUAAUGGAGACGGCGGGUUGGAAGGCGAUGAUUCACUCUCAUCCUCACCUCGUGGCCGAGGCGUUCCGCGCUCUCGCCUCCGCCCAGUGCCCCCCUUUCGGUCUGCCUAGGAAACGGCUAAAACAGUCCUGACCUUUGCCCUCACUGACUGCAUAGAAUAUGACGCAUGAGGGGGCAACUACCCCACAAAGCCCUUUUCCCCACCCCCUUUCACUCGCCCUUAUCGAAGACACAACAAAGUGGCUUGUUUAAACCACUGUGGUCUCUGCACGAGAGGAAGAAGAAAUGGACUUUGCAGUGGAUGCAGCCAUGCUGUUUACUAUGGGCUGCUGAAGUCUCGCUGGAAAAUGGCCUUAAGGAUUCGCCCCCUGUUCCUUUGUCUCUACAUGUAGCUAUGUGCCUGCUACGACUGAUCCCAGACCUGUCUGGAUUGCACUAGCUCCUACAUAAUGCAGUAGUUUUAACAUGGUGGUGUUUAUGAUCUUGUAUGUUACGGUCAUGGGGCGGGGUAACGUCUGGUCUUGUGAACUUUUGACUUUUCGGAAAACCAAGUAUAAACUCACUAAACGCAUAGCUACGCACACGCAUCAAGUGCAAAGUUCGUCUCCACUGACACUUUUAAAAGUGAUGAUGUUGCCCAUAUUGCUGGCAAAAUGACUCAUGGUUAUCAUCGUUCAAAUUGGCGUAGGUAUUAACUGAGGUUGUGAAUUGAAAUGUGAUGCAGUUCACAUUGAGUAUUACAAGAAAACAGGUAAAGAUGUCGAUAUUUUGCACCAAGUUCAACUGUUUGGUAAAUAUGAAGAUUUGUUUACCGUGUUGUUUACAGAACUUGUUUUUCCCCUUUUUCGCACAGAGUUAGUUUUGACCUUAUAUGAAGGUGAAUUUAUUUUCCAUGGUUAACGUACUCUAUGGAACAGGAGAGUUCUUUGUGUUUGAAAAAUGUAUUGUGGUUCAGAAGAAAUUUGAUUUAUUGCUUUGGAAAUAAAAUGUCAAAGAAGUCAAAUUCGUGCAUGAUUUUUUAAGGGCAACACUUUACAGUAAGGUUGUAUUUGU